AUGUCGGACAUUCCAAUACCGCGACCCGUUCGGAGUCAUUCUUCCUCACGAAGCGUAACCGUCUCUGCAUCGCGUAAAAGCAAACCAAAGAAUGCACCAUUUAAGUUCCUGCGCAAGGAUGAAGGACGGCUCUCUUACACGUGCCAACCAGACUCACCGUUGUCAGCGAACAAUCAGAAUCAUUAUGCCGCUCACCGUGACAGUCCAUCAAGCGAACGACGGGGGUCCCGAUCGCUGCGAGAGGCCAUUGCCAAUGACAUGCGCAGGGGAAAGAACCACGACCCCUUUGCAGAAGUUGUCAUCGCUGUACCAAAGCGCACGCCGCCGCCCAACCCCGCUGCGCGCGAAGAGGCGCAAGAUUUUCUUGAACUCUCUCUUCAGGAGCGUGGGCUUUCUCAGCUUCAACAACAGCCGCAGCGGCAACAGCAAGAACAAUUAGAAAAGAAACCCGAGCGGGAUAUAGAUGAGGAUUUGGAUUCAAAUGAAGCAUUUUUGGCCACAGCAAAGCCGCGGCAACGGUCACGUGGCUCCGAUGAUCCGGACAGGUCGACGGAAGUAGUAGGGCAGCGGUUGAACACGAACCAAAGCCACUCCACACCGCGACGGGAGGAGGAAUAUGAGGACAUGAAAUGGCAGCGUCCAGUCCAGCGGCGGUAUCGAGGCGAGGAUAAAGUGCAAGAUAACGGGGGUACGCGUAAUCCCCCUUUGCGUCGUUAUUUGGAUCCCAUGGGUCAAGAAGAUGAGUAUCCGCGAAGCGCUCGGAACUAUUUUUUGCGUCCACAACUUCAAGGUUAUCGUCCCACACGUGAGGAAGAUAAUUUAGUAGAGCAACUUGAAGAAGAGCUACAUGCAGUUCAAGAAGAGCGAGGACGAUAUCAUCAGCUUAAAAUGCAGUUAGAUCGCGAUAGAAAGCGCUUUGAAGAAUACCGCAACGGGAUUGAGCGUGAGAUUGAAGAGGAGCGUGCGGACUUGAACGCUGCACGGGCAUCAGAGAAUUGGCAGGCCAAAAAGGAUGUCAAGGUGGUAGAAGAACGGUACAGAUCUACACUAGAGCUCCUGAAGAACGAAAGGGAGUCCAACAAAAAGCUUUCACAGGAAAAUGAACUUCUACGGCAACAGCUGGAAGGAAUGACAACCCACAUGCGGGAAACACAGAAGCUACAAAAGGCGGAGACCAGUCGUUUGCGACGCGAGAUUGAGUCCUUGACACGGCGCAACGAAGAGUUGCUAGAAAUGACAAGAGAGCAGCAGAUUGCCGCGCUCGAGAACAGCUCGAAAAUAAAUUCGCCAGCGCCAGUCUUGCAGAUUACAUCAAACGCUUGGCGUCCAAAUGUAGGCAGCAGUGUUAGUACUCAAAGAAGCUGCGAAGAAGUCCUUGACUUUCCGGAAUUUCGCUCGACGGUUGGGAGUAGCAUGCAACAACAACAAAGCAAUGACAUUAUCUGGGAAGCGAAGCAAAGGCGCAUGGCAGCUGAAAAAGAGCGGAAGCGUCUUGAGGCUGAAGAGAAGGAGCGGAAACGUCUUGAGGCUGAAAAAGAGCGGAAGCGUCUUGAGGCUGAAGAAAAGGAGCGGAAACGUCUUGAGGCUGAGAAAGAGCGGAAGCGUCUUGAGGCUGAAGAAAAGGAGCGGAGACGUCUUGAGGCUGAGAAAGAGCGGAAGCGUCUUGAGGCUGAAGAAAAGGAGCGGAGACGUCUUGAGGCUGAAGAGAAGGAGCGGAAGCGUCUUGAGGCUGAAGAGAAGGAGCAGCGAAAAGAACAGCAACAUGCACGGGGAGAGGAGGGAGUGACGGGAGGCAAGUCGCAGGAGUUACGCAGCCAGCGACGAGUAUCCGGCCAUCCAAUCAACACCCCCCGCGCACAAAAUGCAUCCAGAGGCAACGCGUCUCGGCUGCAGGCUUCGUCAGUGAGUUCUGCUGUUUCCAUUUCGCGCAAACCUCGCCGAACACCAACGGCGGAAGAACUUGUAGCAGACGACGAGCCAACACCUGCCGAGGAUUUCCCAAAUGACGCCGUUGUGUCACAAACGGCUCUGGGAGAAAAUCCGAACAAGCGCGAGUUGCUGUACCGUAGCGGAAAGCGGGAGAUUCACUACGUAAACGGUACGCGGAAAGUUAUCCUUCCCUCUGGUCAUGUGGUUCUGUACUUCACCAACGGAGACAUAAAGCGUACGUUCCCAUCGGGAAAGAGCACUUACUGGUACGCUGUCGCGCAAACAACACAUACCCAACACGCUGACGGUGUGCAGGUUUUUGAGUUUCACUCCUCUGGUCAGAUUGAAAGACACCUUCCAGAUGGAAAGAAGGAGAUUCUCUACCCCGACGGUAUCUACAAGGUUGUCUUUCCCGACGGACGUGAUGAGACAAUAUUCCCCGACGAAGUGUGA